GAAAAUAGACAGUGUUUAUAGCUCGAUGUAAUUGCCCCUAACGUGACGGGUUUCCAUACGGCUGACGAGCCUGUAACUCUCGCACACCUCGUGCCCGCGCAGGUGUGGCUCUCAGGCUCGUGCCCGACCCCCCAGCUACUAACUACAAACCCUGGCGGCGCGCUCCCGUCCGCUAAUUCAUUGUAUCAGAUUGAGACGGGAGGAAGCAGCAGCAGCGAGCGACUCGACUGGUUCGGCGAAGCAACUCUGCUCCGGGAAACACUGAAGAAAACCCAACCGCUCGCCACAUAAACUGCAGGGAUGGCAGCCAUCCGUAAGAAGCUGGUGAUAGUGGGGGAUGGAGCAUGUGGGAAGACCUGUCUUCUGAUUGUCUUCAGCAAGGACCAAUUCCCUGAGGUCUAUGUACCCACCGUGUUCGAGAACUACGUUGCUGACAUAGAAGUCGACUGCAAACAGGUGGAGUUGGCUCUCUGGGAUACAGCAGGUCAGGAGGACUAUGACAGGCUGAGACCUCUCUCCUAUCCAGACACUGACGUCAUCCUCAUGUGCUUCUCCAUAGACAGCCCUGACAGCUUGGAAAACAUUCCAGAGAAGUGGACCCCAGAGGUCAAACACUUCUGUCCCAACGUUCCCAUCAUCCUCGUAGGAAACAAGAAAGACCUGCGCAACGAUGAGCACACACGCCGGGAGCUGGCCAAGAUGAAGCAGGAGCCAGUAAAGUCGGAGGAGGGCCGGGACAUGGCCAGCCGGAUUGCAGCAUUUGGGUACAUGGAGUGCUCUGCUAAGACCAAGGACGGCGUACGGGAAGUGUUUGAGAUGGCCACCAGGGCGGCACUGCAGGCCCGCCGCGGCAAGAGGAGCAAUAAAUGUGUAGUGCUGUAAAAUGGCAGACACAUUUGGACAGUUUUCACCCGGGGCUACAGUACCCAGGGCUAGGGCUUGGGAGGGAUGGAGGGAUUACUAGACGGGAGAGGGAGGGAGGGGAAGAAAAGAGUGCAGUAAACGACUACCGCUGUAAAAUGGCUGUUUGUUGGACUGAAUUUACCCUGGGACUUGGAUUUGGGAAGCUUUGAUGGAGAAGGACGGGUGGGUAGGUAGGUGGGUGGAUGAAUGAAUGAAUGGGGGGAGGAGGGUGCACAGUAAAUGACUUCUGCUGUGAUCCGUUGGGCUCUUCACCUGUGGGUUUACCAUCGAGUUGGGAAAUUAUACCAUCCACCAGCCAGACGCUGGUACAGAUUGUCUUUUCAACAAGCCUCUUACACUUAUUAAGAUCAAUAGGAGAUCCUGGUCCUUUCUAAAAAUUGAAGUAACUGUUAAGACAUACAUUAGCUGGUGAAUUAUGGGAUGUUCCAGUGACUAUGUCCGGUGUGGAUAACAGAAGGUUUAGUUUCCUGCCUGGAUGACUUGACAGAUGGAUGGGGGCAAACAGGCAGCACAGCAAAUGAGUACCACUGUAAACGGCCACCAGUGUACUGUUUACCCCCGGGUGUUCAUGCCUGGCAUUAGGAUGGGGGUGGUGUGGAGUUGGACAUGUGAAGGGAUGGGAUGAAUGAGGCGCAGUUCGUGACCAUGAUGAGACUGUAUACACCAAACCAGGGUAAAACUUGCCAGCUUACUUGUUAAAUGCUGUAGCUACCUGGAUGGGUUAUUUUAACAGCCCCAAAAGUAGACAAAUCACCAGUUAACUGUUAUAAUCAAGUUCUACCCAAAUUGGUGCUUAUGGUUUGAGGUUGAUUAGAUUGCAAUGACAUACAAGAACAAAAAAAAAAAAACAUUUUGGUGGUUAAAAAAAAAAUAAAGCGUUAAGAAAAGCUUGUCCUGAGAGAGUUGUUGUAUCCAUGGAGUUUCGCAAGUCAUGUGCUGUCAGGUGCUCAUGGUUGUGUGUUUGUCGUAUUAUCAGAGCUUGCUUUUCAUCCUUGAAUGUGGCCAAUCCCGCGCAGUGACAAACACACUGAGCCCAACUCUUUCUGAGAUGUUAUGAUACAGCCACCUCAUCAUGAAUGCCAAUAUUAUUUGCUGAUGAACUGCUUGAAGUUUAAUUUGACAGAAAACUUGCCCUCAGUGCUGGUUUUAAAGUAAUUCAAAGUGGUUCACAUCACCACCCAUACUCCAGUUGCUGCUUUAAAUAUGAGGUAUCUUACCACAGCAGUGUUGUAAAGGGCAUUACAAAGUUUACUUCUGGGGCCUGCACAUUAAAACUCAACCACAUGUUGGCGAAUCUUUAGGUCGGUUGGUCUACUUUAGGAGGUGAUCGGCUUAAGGUUCCUCAACAAACCCCCUCUCAACUGAAUCAGUGGAAGCAGCGGGUAAUUUGUAGUCCCACUGGAUGACAAAGGUAGCGUCCUGCCCUGCAUAGUACAACCUGAGCAGACUGUGCCAUGGCUCAGCUCCCAUUCCUUCCUGUCCCACAUAGCUGACUGCUGGUGCUCAUCUUCCCUUGGCUUUAGACCAGGACCAAGAACAAGGAGAGGAGAGUAUUGUUUACAUGCACACCACUGAUCUCGUUAUUUGGGAUGAAUGAAUAUUCAUUUUUUUCUUGUGUGUAGGCAUGUAUAAAGGUCAAAUGUAACCAGAACUAGUAAAUGUUUGAGAGAGAGAAAAAAAGGUGCCUGGGAUACACAGUGUUAUCCACAUUAUACAUGUCUGCCUUUAUUGGUGAAAUGUUGGUACCUGCCUUUUUUAAAAGUUGAAAAGACGAACAUGACAUGUUUUUUUUUUUUUUUAAAUCCUUAAUACUGCACAGGGAAAAUGCCAGAAAUGUCAGGUUGGGCAGUCAGAUAGAUUUGGGGGAAAAACAUGCUACAUCACUAACAAGCGGAGUGAGUAUUAACUGCGUGCUCUGUGUUGGAAGUGUUUCAUUUUGAGGUGUUUUUUAAAGGGUGGUCAGUCAUAUUUGGGAUUAUCAGCCACCAGCCCUCCCUGACACUUCUGAGUGUUUCACUGCCAGAUUCAGGCUCUCUCGACAGUGUCGUACCCUCCUGUUCUUCUUCCUGGCCUACAGGGAGGAGCCUGUUCCAGAAACCUAGCCUUGUGUUGUUAUUUUUAUACUUUAUUUCCUGCUUAAGAGAAAAAAAAAAGAAAAAGGAAAAAAAAGUCAAGUAUGUUGUCUAUCAGUAUUUAAAAUAGGAGGUGGAAGACUAGGGGACUGCUUAUGUGUCGUUGCUUUAGUUCAUUCUUCUUAUGUGCUUUACCUGAAUUUUUCUGAUGAUUUACAAUUGGUUGUAACGACCCGUCAAUCAUCCCUGCCAAAUGCUGUUGUUAGGCAGUCAGGAGAAAGGCUGGCCUCUCGGCUGCCUGUCUAGAGCAUCGCUAGGACCACAUGUGCUGGCUCUUUUUCUGUUUGUUUGUUUUUGAACACAAACUUGGCUGAAAAGAUGAAAGGAAGAAACAAUUGUAAGUCUCCUUAUUAUGUACAAAUCCUUUUUAUUUCUACUUUUUAUUGUAUUUUUAAAUCCUGAUUUUUGGAUGCUGAAACAGUGAUGUAAACAAAGGAACAGGAAAACCAAGCUGUAUGCAAAGUGUAAAUAUGAAAUGUGGGUUUGUUCAUACUAGACUACACACACGCACAGGACUGGAAACUGUAUUUGUAAACUAGCUUUGGUUUGUGUAAUAAAUUACUUUCUAUAACAA